GCGUUCGGGUAAUCGGCGCAGCCUCGUCAGUUCAGUGUGAGCCCCUUUUAGCGGGAGUUUUGAGGCGGGAAAGGGGAGGUGACUCCAGCUCGGCCCUGGCAACGAAUAGCGAAUAACGGCCGGGGCGGGGCGGGUGAUUUCUGAGGCAGCGGAGGCUGCGCUUGAGUACUGACUGACGCCUUAUUGCCUGCUCUUUCACAAUGAAAGCCAUGGAGGAUCAAGUGGUGCAAGAAGAACUAGGAUACCAGGAUGAUGAGGAAUCCUUGUUUCAGGAUAUUGACCUGUUACAGAAACAUGGAAUUAAUGUGGCUGAUAUUAAAAAGCUGAAGUCCGUGGGAAUCUGUACCGUCAAAGGGAUCCAGAUGACAACGAGGCGGGCAUUGUGCAAUGUGAAAGGGCUUUCAGAGGCCAAAGUGGACAAGAUCAAAGAAGCAGCCAACAAGCUAAUUGAACCAGGAUUCUUGACUGCCUUUGAGUACAGCGAGAAAAGGAAGAUGGUGUUUCAUAUCACCACUGGGAGCCAGGAAUUUGAUAAACUGUUGGGUGGUGGGAUUGAAAGCAUGGCAAUCACAGAGGCCUUUGGAGAAUUCCGAACAGGCAAAACCCAGCUUGCCCACACCCUUUGUGUGACAGCUCAGCUUCCAGGAGCAGAUCGCUACACAGGAGGAAAAAUUAUCUUCAUUGAUACUGAAAACACUUUCCGUCCAGAUCGUCUUCGUAACAUUGCUGAUCGCUUCAGCUUAGACCAUGAUGCAGUGCUUGACAAUGUGCUGUAUGCACGUGCAUAUACCAGUGAACAUCAGAUGGAGUUGCUUGACUACGUAGCAGCCAAAUUCCAUGAAGAAGCUGGAAUCUUCAAGCUAUUGAUCAUUGACUCCAUAAUGGCGCUCUUCCGUGUAGAUUUCAGUGGCCGUGGGGAGCUGGCUGAACGGCAACAGAAACUUGCUCAGAUGCUAUCAAGGCUCCAGAAAAUCUCAGAAGAAUACAAUGUGGCUGUGUUUGUGACCAAUCAGAUGACUGCUGAUCCAGGAGCAACUAUGACUUUUCAGGCAGACCCUAAGAAGCCCAUUGGCGGCCACAUCCUUGCUCAUGCUUCAACCACAAGGAUUAGUUUGCGGAAAGGAAGGGGGGAGUUGCGUAUUGCCAAGAUAUAUGACAGCCCUGAGAUGCCUGAAAAUGAAGCUACAUUUGCAAUAACUGCUGGAGGGAUUGGGGAUGCCAAAGAGUAGAUGGAAAACUGGUGCAAAUCUCCAUUUGAAAACAGCCCAUGCACCUCAGAUGAAACCAUGGUAUCCAAGGUCUGACUCCUUGGUUACUUAGUGUUUUUCAUACACAAUUUGGAAAGUUUAAAAUUAGAAGAAUGCCGGGAAGAGCUUUUUAGGUAUCAUAUUUCAAUAAUCUUAACAGUUCCUGGUUCACCUUAGUGCUAUUUUAAAAUGAUCUUUCAAGCAGCCAGAAGUUGAAAAAGCACAGAAAUGUGACUUAUUCAAGGAAUACUUUCCUAGUGGUUCAGGAGAAGCAAAGCCGUUUUGUCACAUGGGCUUAAUGUGCACUUUUUAUAGUUUCUUGGGAAAGGAAUGUCUUUGGAAUAGAAUAUAUUGGCAUGGAAUGGAACAGCAUUGAAACACAGUUUUUAAAAAAUAAUGAGUAACUAACAGACAGAGGGAAAGUGCAGUGAAAGAGAGAGAAGAAUGGGUGAACUUUCUAAUGUUUCAUUGACAGUAGAGGAAUGAUAGUUGCUUGAAAAGAUUUUUAGAAAUCUUGAUUCGAUUAUUUAUUUGUUUUUAAAGUGCCUGUAUUUUUGUUCUGGAAUAUUUAAAGCUGUUGUCUAUUUUUUAUAUCUAGGAAAAAUGCUAAAUUAAAACAUCUCUCUUUAUGCUUGUGUGCAGUACAGCCAACACAUAGUUUGAGUGAGAUCCUGGUUCUGUGAGUAGUCUCACAGAUUUUGUUGUGAGAAUUUGCAUGAGUAAACUAAUGAGAUAUAGCCCAACAUUAUAAUGCUUCAAAUAUUUUUUAAAAAAUAAAGA